AUGGCCGACCCUUCAAUGUAUAACACAAUGGGCCAGGGGUCCAGCGAAGACCCCUCGAAUCCGCAAUACAUGGCUCAGGUUCCACCUCAGCAAUACCCAGCUGGGUAUCCUCCCGCCGCCGCACCUCUACAACCAGGAGCGCCUUACACCAACCCAGCACCGAAUCAGUGGCCCGCCUACGGCUCACCACAACAACCGGGUAUGGCGAGUCCCGGCAUCGCAUACAAUGCACCACAACAACCAAUGGGCACAGCAGUAGAUCCUGGUAUGGCAGGACUAGCCUCUCAGAUGGGCGGUUUGGGCAUUGCAGCAGAUGCGGGGGCCAGGACACACCGGAAGAAGCACCGUCAUGCUCACCACGACAUCGGGGGUGGUGCAGCACCUCCCGCGCAAGGAUUUAACACUGGCAUGGAUCAAGGAGGCUUGCAGCAGCCGCAGCCCCAGCAGCAACAGUCGCAGUUCCUGAACACAGGCUUGAACCAACAUGCUGACCGACCAGUUUCCCCGGCGGUGGGGUUGGUAUCUGGGCAGUCUGUCGCUGCGAUACCUGGUAUACAGAGUGGUGCAGGUUCUGUCCCUACUUCAGGCCGAAUUGACCCAGAGCAUAUUCCCAGCAUCCCGCGAUCGCGCGACCUACCCGCUCAGUACUAUUUCAACCAUGUCUACCCGACAAUGGAUCAACACCUCCCCCCACCAGCGGCGAUCCCGUUCGUAGCUCAGGACCAAGGCAACUCCUCUCCUAAAUACGCUCGUUUAACGCUCAACAACAUCCCCUCCGCCUCUGACUUCCUUACCUCGACCGGCUUGCCAUUGGGCAUGAUCCUGCAGCCCCUCGCGCCUCUGGAUCCCGGCGAACAACCGAUCCCCGUGCUGGACUUCGGGGAUGUUGAAUACUUUGCGCCGCUCGACCCAUCCGGUGCGCGUGUGGAUCGCAUGCAGCGUCCUGAACUGUUGAUGGGAACUGUGGAAUUUACGGUCCCGAAGGAGUACUGGAACAAAGAGCCUGUGGGCCUUCAAACCCUCUUUUUGAUCGAUGUCAGCCGGGAGUCGGUCCAUCGGGGAUUCCUCAAGGGUGUUUGCGCAGGUAUCAAGGAUGCUCUGUACGGUGAUGAUGAUAGGGCAUCAGAGGGCACCGAAGACGAUGGAUCUUCACGAAAAUUACCCGUUGGGGCGAAGGUCGGCAUUGUUACGUAUGAUAAGGAGGUGCACUUCUACAACCUGGCCGCGGCAUUGGAUCAGGCACAAAUGAUGGUUAUGACCGAUUUAGAUGAGCCAUUUGUGCCAUUGAGCGAAGGUCUCUUUGUGGACCCAUAUGAAUCGAAGUCUGUGAUCACUUCUCUUCUCAGUCGGAUACCCAAAAUCUUCUCUUCUAUCAAAAACCCCGAGUCGGCUUUGCUGCCGACAUUGAACUCGGCGCUCUCCGCACUGCAGGCUACAGGUGGCAAGAUCGUCUGCGCGGUGGCUAGCUUACCUACGUGCGGUCCUGGACACUUGGCUAUCAGAGAAGAUCCAAAGGUCCAUGGGACGGAUGCGGAACGUAAGCUUUUCACCACAGAAAACCCAGCUUGGAAGAAGACGGCAAGCAAGUUGGCUGAAGCUGGCGUCGGCGUGGAUCUGUUCAUGGCAGCCCCUGGUGGCACAUAUCUCGAUGUGGCAACAAUUGUGUCCGCCUAUCACGGAAACUUUGUCCAGCACACACUCGGCGCUGAUCUGGAGAUUGCCGGUGUUGAUGCCGAGAAGGCUGUUGGCGUGCUCUUCAGCUACGACGGUAAACUUGAUCCCAAGUUGGAUGCGCACUUCCAAGCCGCUUUGCUUUACACUUCCGCAGACGGUCAACGCCGUGUCCGAUGUAUCAACGUCGUGGCGGCGGUGAAUGAAGGGGGCCUGGAGACGAUGAAGUUUGUCGACCAGGAUGCCGUGGUCUCGGUUAUUGCCAAAGAGGCCGCCUCAAAAACCCUGGAUAAGAACCUCAAGGACAUCCGAGCCAGUAUCUCAGAGAAGACAGUCGAUAUCUUCAGCGGAUACCGCAAGAUCUUCUCGGGCUCGCACCCACCCGGUCAGCUAGUGCUACCCGAGAACCUGAAGGAGUUCUCGAUGUACAUGCUCAGCUUGGUCAAGUCAAGAGCAUUCAAGGCUGGCCCCGAGUCAUCAGACCGACGGAUACAUGACAUGCGCCUGAUUCGGUCAAUGGGAUGCACGGAAAUGGCGUUGUACCUCUACCCUCGCAUUAUCCCCGUGCACAACAUGCAGCCGGAAGAUGGGUUCGCGAAUGAGCACGGACAGCUCCAAAUCCCGCCCACCAUGCGAGCGAGCUACUCUCGUAUCGAAGAUGGUGGUGUCUACAUAGUGGAUAACGGCCAGGCAAUUCUACUCUGGAUACACGCGCAGGUCUCGCCCAAUUUACUGGAAGACCUAUUCGGACCGGGCCAAAACUCCCUCCAGGACCUGAACCCCAACACCUCGUCCCUGCCUGUGCUUGAGACGCACCUGAAUGCACAGGUGCGUAAUCUGCUGCAGUACUUGUCGACGGUGCGCGGGUCCAAGUCCGUAACGAUCCAACUGGCCCGGCAAGGCCUGGACGGGGCGGAAUACGAGUUCGCCCGACUCUUGCUGGAGGACCGGAAUAACGAGGCCCAGAGCUACGUGGACUGGCUGGUGCACAUCCACCGCCAGAUUAACUUGGAGUUGGCUGGUCACCGGAAGAAGGAGGAGGGCGGCGAGGGCGCAUUGGCUAGUUUGUCGGCCAUGCGCACUCCGUAUUGGUAG